AAAACACAGAUUACAUUUCACUAGUUCCGCAAAGAGGAAAACAGGCAAUGCAGCGCAACAUCUGACAUCAACCAGCGAGCAACCGUGCGGCUAGCGUAACCCAAAAUCAGGCUCAUCUUCGCCCGUGUCAACGCGAGCAGCGGGACGACGCCUUGACACAAGAUAUGAGGAGAGGGUGAAUGAGCUGACUGGUAGAAAGCUCACCUGUUUGUGCUGUGGUGGUGGUGAUGAUGGAGAACAUCGAGGAGCUCUCGCCCCUUCGCAUCACCCCUACAGUCCGUGCUCUGAGCUCCGCGCUGCGGGGGAAGCGUGAAGAUGUCCACGGUUCCAGCCGUGUAAACGGUGACAGGGUAUUCCCUGAACCGGAGAAGCUUUGGUUUAAGGAGAGCAGCGCUAAAAAUCUACGAAACAGGGACUUCUUGUCGCCGACCACGAUGCUUAACACGCUGUACGCGGACGGACAGGUCCCUCCAGCAGUGAUGUCCAGAGUGCUGUCCCUUCGUGGUAGUGGGGUUCUCCCUGUGGCUGGUGGGGAGGUGAUGGGUGAAGGUCUAAGGGUACGGGUGGAUCGGGCUGCCACAUUCAGGGCCGUUCUGGCGGGUGGAGCUGCAGAGUACCUGAAGCCCUUGAGUCAGAGGCAGGGCUGUGUGGUGCUCAACUGUCCCGCACUGCACCCUAAGCCCAACACACCCAGUCCUGACACAAUGAGUUUAGGCCAGCUGAGGACUGUUCUUCUGGCUGACCACAUGGGGGCACUGCUGAGAAGACAGGGAUAUGCCGUGUCCUUCUGCCCCACACUUCCUGAAGACAGCGAAAUCAUCAGUUUCCUCCGAGCUCUGGGAAUCGAUUGGCCGACAGCUCCGGCUAAUUGGACGAAUGAAGAGCGGGAGGAGAAGAUUCAGGACUCGCUAGAGAAGUCUCAAUACAGAGAGAGGGAAAUGGAGAGAGGCAGGAGAGCUAGCGGAGGGGGAGGGAGGAAAGCAGAGGAGGGAGAGAACGAAGGAGCACUCAGGAUCAACCUGAAGCAAGUUUUUCAAGAGGAGGGGCUGCCGGGAUACGACCCCAGCCUUGGCACCUGCACGGUUAACAGAGACGGCGUUUCCCAAUUGGCACAACUGGACCUAUCCACAGCUGACUGCACAGCAGCCAUGGUAACAGCGUUACAUGUGACUUCCUGUCAAGAUGAGUUCCGCCAGCAGCAGAUAGCAAUGCUGUGGAGAGCCAGCGGAGCCAAACACACACAGAGGCAUCUUGUUUGUGGGCCUGUGAAGACUCCUGGUUCACACCUGACUGCUGCACAGUACUUGCAGUUGAGAAGAGGUCAGAUGAAAGAGGCCUCCGAGAUGAAGUAUGGAGAUCAAGUAGAAGGUCAGACGUGGGAUGACAUCAUCAAGGUCAUGACCUCUGCUACAGUCAGAUUCGAGCUGCUGUCGACUGUCCACACUAGUCCUGUGACGCUGGACGUCAAGAGGGAAGGCGGUGUGUCGACCAAGGGGCCCAGAGGAGGAGUGUUUGUGAUGUAUAACUGCGCCCGAUUGCACACUCUGUUUGACAGCUACGAGAGAGGAGUGGAGAAAGGUCUUUACCCAGAAAUCCCAGAGGACUCCCAGCUGGACUUCUCUGCUCUGAAAGAAGAGGGUGAAUGGCUUCUCCUGUUCAAUUACCUCAUUCCAUUCUCGGAGCUGCUUGAACAAUCGGGACAGGCUCUGGAUAGCGAAGGGGGUGGAGCCAGAGUGAACAUAAAAACUGAACAGAUCUGUAAAUUUCUCGUGUCGCUCAGUAAAGACUUUAGCUCCUACUACAACCGGGUCCACGUGCUGGGGGAGCCACUGCCUCAUCUCUUCAACCAAAUGUUUUGUCGUUUGUAUCUGCUGAGAGCAUUGAGAGAGCUCUACCACAGCGCUCUGGACACCCUUAACCUUCCCCCCAUCAGGCAACUAUAGCCCCGACAUAAUUCACCCAUCCUUCACCAUUGGCUCUACCUCCCUGCCUUCCCUACGCACACACCAUAUCCAUGUGUAUUGUGUGUGUCUAGCUGACACCUUUUUUGGCAAUAUUAAAACAAAUUAUGACAUUUCACUUGCCCACUGUCCCGCUUCUGCAUUUCCCUGUCAGUGUAUUGUGACAUAUUCUAACUGUCUGGUUAUUUCGAUGAAUAGUGUAACUACAAUAUAUAAAGUGGACCCUGUUCUGUUUUUUCUGGGCUGAAAGAUUUUCUUGGACAAUUUGAGCUGCUUGUUUGCUGUAAAAGAAAUAUUUUGACAUUUGGGUUGCUGCUUAUUUGCUUUCUUACUGACUGAUGAGAAAUUCUUCCUUGUCUCAAGCUGUGUGCUUUUGUACUUAGAAUCUCUUCACACACUUACAAAUACAGCUACAGAAGUGUUGCAUAAUUACCUGUCAGAAUUUCAGUUGUGUCAGUCUUCUGUACAUAGAAAAAGGGGCGAUGCCACUAACCAGCAGUCAUUCACAGUGAUGGCAUGCCAAUUGCUAGCUAGCCAGCAGCGGCAGCUUUUUUUUCCUGAUGGACAUGGUUUGCUGUUUCUUGGGGUAUAUGCCUGUUACAGUGUCAUUUUUACUGUUAGAAAUUUUGGCAAUAUAUGUGCAGUCAGAAGAUGGCAAAAUAUAGCUGCUAGCAAUUCAUGUUCUUUAACAUAAAAUGCAUAACUUGCCAUUUUUGAUUUAAGACUUAGCCAGUUAAAUUCACUUUACAAUACACACUACACUACACUAAACAAGUACUUAAGGUAUAUAGUCUACUACACUAUGAUAUACAUAUUGCUUGGCACCCUUUGGAUGUAUAGAAAUUGGAAGCUACUACAGCUAGUUAGCUUUCCCCAGCUAGUUAGUUAGCUAAUUAUCUUAACGCAACGAGUGAGAAAAGAGCAAGCCUGGCUCUAAAUCAAGAUAACAAAGUCCACCUAUGAAUUUUUAAAGUGUGCUAAUUGGAACAUUAUAACUUGUUUGUUUCAGUACAAAAACUUGGCAUUAAACUCAGUAUUUGGAAGGGGUUGGAUGGUUUCCUGGAAACCUCCAGUUGCCUGGAGACAUGAGUAAGCUACUGGUGAUAUCAGUCUGUUGGGUUUUUUUUGUUUGUUUGUUUGUUGUUUAUUUUAACUCUCAAUGAGAAAGCAAGUAAGCACAUUUUCCCAUAAUGUCAGAAUGUUUCUUUUAAUUUUGGUUUUGUUACUACAUGAUGGAGAAAAUGUCUUUCCCUUAAGCACAGCAGGCGUCAGGAUCUAAAUCGGUUAGAUUGGCAGAGCUGGUAUGCCCUUUUGAAUCUGCUAACCAUAAAUUAAAUGUAUUUGUCCUUUUCACAUAAUAAUCCCCAAAUCUGAACUAGCCGGUAGCUUUAAUUUAUAUUUGGUGCCAAGUUAUAAUUAAGGUGUUUGUCUCAACUGAUCUGUAUUAAGGCUUGCCUUAUUACUUAUUACCCAUCUACUCAAUGUCACCAACAACAGUUAAAUCCUCUUUAGAACACAUGUAACUGUUUAGUCACUGCCUAAAGGAAGAAAAACAACUUUUAUGAGUCUUCUCCAAAUGUUAAAUGUCCCCAUUCAUGGAAAUCUACCACCUUGUAUUUAUCAACACUUGGAAAUAUUUAUUGUCAUAAAAAAUAGAGAGAAAUGUACAGAAUAUAUAUUCUUCAUCUGAGUCUUAAUCACUGUGUUUACAUGAUUAUUAUCCUGCUUGACAAAUCACAGAUGUUACUAUGAAACAGCUGUUUCGGACAGUUAUGGACAAACAUAAUGCAUCGUGUCACAAUCUUAGGACAUGCAUGAAAUGGCAUGAUAACAAUAUGUAUGACUUUUAUGCCAAAAAUGCUAUUUGUAAAUUUUGGGAGUGAAAUGAUAAGGAUCUAACAUUGAUCGUUCAGUUUUUGUUGUAUGUGACCAACAAAUGUGCCAUAGCAAUUUUUUUUUAAAUUCUAUGAUAAUACAGUCCAGUGUUAUUGAUCACAAAUAUCUGACAGAUUUACUUUUCACUGCAUGAAAUGUUGUUUGACCCUGUAAAUGUAUGAUUUAAAAAAAGCAAACUUUUUCCAUUCGUUUAUUUUCUUUAGAAAAGGGAAUGAGACGUUUACAAUGUGUUGUUUUUAUUUUAGUAGCUGUCCUGUUAACUGCUGCUGUAAUUACCACAGUAUUAAAGCAGAGGAUCUGCAGAGAGACUGUCAUGUUUUCCUCUUACACACUACACUACUGCACUGCAACCAUGUCUAAACAGAACAAUGCUGACUUACAUUAGCUUUAGCUUUCUCUUGCUGCCAUGUUUGCUGCCUCAGGCCCCAACACCUGACCUCGGUCACCCAUCCUUCAUUCUGUUCUCCGUCUUUUAUGCCGACUCCCUCCUUAUAGGCCCUGUUUGUUAUUUUAUUCAGGGCUAUAUUAUACAGUGUAGUCGCACAAAUAGUCCAAGGACUUUCACAUUAUUUUUCCCCAUAAAAGAAUUGUCACGAAGGCUUGUUGUCUGCAAACCAGACAGCUAUAAAGAUGACUGCAGAAUAGUCAGGAAUGCAGUCAAACACUAACUUCAUCUGUUGAACCUUUUGAUCAUACCAAGUGAAAUUCCAUCUGGAGACCUUGCUUUGCAUUUGCUGCAUGCAUUAUUUACAGCCGAGCUCCUACUAAUUCCCCUCUAAUGAAAAUCUCUGCACCUCUGCCCCGUAAGUGUAUUUGUCCAUCUGAAUGUAAAUAACACUGCCAAACUCUCGCCUACACACAUCUGUGCACCCGCAGUUUGUGUGUGUUUUUCCCCUUCUGCAGACUUAAAAAUAAGCAUGACAGAUUCUCUCACUGUAUGUUUGUCUCGAGCUUCAGUGUCUGACAGAUGGUGAUACUGAUACUGAUGUUUUAUACAUAAAUCCUCUCGUGCUCUGCUCCCCGCUGCCCUUGGAUUCAACAAUAACUCGCUCACUACACAGAUAUGUACACUUCACUGUAUGCUGCUAACAGUGAUCCUUCACUGAGGAUACAACCCCGCUAGUGUCAUGUGUAAUUUGUCUUUUUCCCUUGUGUAGACCCCCUCUCCCUUUUGCUGAUCAUUUAUUUCCUCUUCUGACCCUCAUUUAUAGAAGAAAAGCGUUCGUUAACUCUGACUCAAGCCAAACUUAUGGUUUUAUUUGCUUUCAUGAAAUAGUUAUUGAGUCUGCAGUGCUCCAGGAAAAAUAAGACACCAUCUUGAUAUUUUAUAAGGCCCUGUGCUUUGUUGAUACCUUGCGACUUUAACCCCGCGCCUUCUUAUAUAUCUCUGCUGUCGAUGUAUAGCUGUAUACCUGUGUACUGUAAAUGACGCACAACUCUGUCAUCCUUGUUUUGCUCAGUAAACUGGUUUGAAAACUGGAGCAUUCAGUCAUUUUUAAUUCUAUACAGAUGCAGAUGUGUGAUUGUGACUUUAUGAAACACGAUACAGUU